AUGGUGGAUGGAGAAGGAGGGAGGAAGGAGAAGAAGGCGCAAAGAUAUGUGAUGUGCGCCUGUCUAGCUGGAAGUAUGAGAGGUGGGUAUCUCAACUUCGAGAUCAAGAUCCCCCCAUGAUCAGGCAGUCCCAGUGCGCCACAGAAAGAAGGCAAAGAGAGCGAGAUGAACAUACCUGAUAUGCAAUCCAAAGAACAGAGGAUGACCCAAUUCUGGACUAAAUCUGCGUGUGCAGAACAAAAAAGAGGUGAGGAUUGA